UCUUUGCUUGGUAUUUGGCAAAGAAAAAAGGUGGAAACAUUUUCCCUGUUAUUUCCCCUAUAACUCUCAUACUCUCAUCGCUUUGCUUCUUUGGCUUUUCCUUUCAUCUUUUACUUUUCUCUCCUUUUUUUUCUACAUCAUCUUUCUCUUCAUCCUACAAAUCAAUCCCUCAGCUGUGAGUUUAAGAGAAAACUUGAACUGGCUGCUCAAAUAAUUAUCUUUGGCUUCUAGAUGAUCAUAUACUGAAGACCUGUUUGACUUCUCAUUACCAUCAGUUUCACCUUCAUCAUCGCCAUUAUCAUCAUCAUCUUCAUCAACCUCAUCAAUAUCGCCAUCACCAGAAACACUAUCAACGUUAACACUACAAUAUUUGAUGUCAAUUGUUCUCAUCAAGACUGUCUUGCCCUGUGAUUUUUUCCCUUGAUUUUCCAUCAACUUGUUCAAUCUUCACUCAUACUUCUUCGUCAUUUCAAGUCUUGUCAUCAUUCUAUUGUUUGCAUGGACAAUGUGGCAAUAACCAAUAUCUUCCCUCUCUCUCUCUCUUUGGUCCAAUGGAUACUGUUUGGUUUUUGGAUUAACCUUUAAUCUUUGGUGCCACGGAUAAACAAAACAAUCCGAAUACUGUCUUCGUGGUCUGAUCCCCUAUCAGUUUAAGCAAACACUUGACAAAAUAUUCAAAUUUGUCAAAAUAACUUAAACUAAACCUUCCAACAUCAGUUAAAUUUCACUUUGUUUUUGUGUUUAACCUUUACUGUUUUUAUUUUUCUUGUUAUUUUUGCUUCUUUCACCUUUAAUUUAUUGCUGUUUUAUUUGUUUUAACAAUCUCAAAAAUUAUUUUCCAACUAAAUGUUAUCUUUUCCAAGUAUAAUAAGCUAACUCUCCGUGUUCUCGACUUGUCUCGACAAUUCAUCUUGAUCUUUGAUAGCUUCCAGCUUAUAUUCAUAUGACCAUGGUAAUCAAUGGUGAGGCCGAGAGUGUUGGUCCUUCUUUAAUGCCUCAACCAAGAAAAAACUGGACCUCAUUUGAUAAAGAUGAAGGAAUCAAUCAAAGCUCCGUUGAAACUGAUUCAAGUGAUCAAACAGUUGCUACUCUUGAGCCAUCGCAAACCUUACAGAUUAACCGGGAAAAAGAUUCACCGAGUCGCAUCAUUGGAGAGAAAGGAUCAUUCAGUGAAUCUAAGUUAUCUCUAUCCCCAUCAUCCUCAUCAAUAACAACGACAUCCAAUCGAGUCAACAAUAACCUUAAACAAAUAGCUUUGAAUAUUGAAGAUUUACCAAGCAAUAAGUAUUCAAACUCCUCAUCAAUACCUGAUCUGCCUUCAACAUCUUCCCCAUCAGCUGACAACGUAAAUAGCAAUACAAAUGAGAGCCAAUUGUCCUCUGAAAUGCAGACGAUCCCGUUAAAACAAAUGAGCCGAUCUCCAUCUAAGUCUUUCAAUAAUGGUGAUGUAAUUGUAAGUUUGAUGCCAUUGAAUAAUCACUGUGCAUGGUUGACUCCGGCCACAUUUAAACCUGAAUUGGUUCCUGAGGAAUUAAUGGAAAGCUCAUUACAGCUAACCGUUGAAGAUUAUGUCGGAGCAAUGCAGACUUUGGUCAAUGAUUAUCGUUUCAAUCUUUACAUUAUUUUUUACAAGCGAGUUAUGGUUGUCUGGGUUGUCCUAGGAUUCAUCAUUUUACUGUCGCUCCUUUUUUCCGGUGCAAGAGGCUUACCUUUAUUUGCAGGAGGAAUCGUUUGGCUCAUUGUUAAUGCUUUUGGCGUCUUCUUUUCCAUGUGGAUAAAAUGCAAGUUGAUGCGUAUGCUGGAACGAUGUAUUGCUCGAGUUAAUGAAAUUUUUUACAAAAAUAAUAUUUUAUUGGGUGUCGAUGAUAAAGGCAAAAUUUCCUGUCAUAAGAUUAACCUUGUUUUUGUCUUUUUUGAUAGUACCUAUUGUAUUAAAUAUCUUAACGAUUUGAUUGCAAAUGAAGAAAGAUCUCGGGAAACAUCUAAUCAAAUUACAAUGCCAAAUCUCAAUCAUUUGAGAAGUGAUAUUGAUGCCACUGAUAUUAUUGUUACUGGCAGUACACCAACAAAAUAUUCACAACGAGAGAAAUUUGGUGAAAAAUUACUUUUAAGAUACAGUCAAAGAUGGAUUCGUGAUCAUAAUCGGUCAAGAGCAACAUUAACCGUCCCCUUGUAUCCUGAUGGGACUGAUUUUACACCAAUAAGCCCAAGACAUUGUGCUACUUCAAGGUGUCCAUGUCAAUAUAUUGAGGAACAUUUGAAAUUCAAACCUUUAACAAAGUGCAGUUUGAAAGAGCUUUUUUGUUAAAACAUAAGCUUUUUUCUACAAUAAUAUACAUUAGUUUAUUAUUCAUUUUCGUCUCACAUUGAUAGCAAUAAGUAUCGUUUUAAUGUUUAAAAUUAAUAUUAACAUUUUUCCAAAUAGUCAAUUUAUAUACAAUCACUCAUCAUCAGGCCAACAAGAUUAACGUUUAAUUGCUCAAAAGUUGCGCACCAAAGAGGAAUAUGGCUUAUUUAAUUAUACAAAGCAACAUUGACGAAACCUCUAAGAUGUAAUAAUAAAACCUAAAUUUGAGGAUGAGUGUUAACUCAUGUGUUAAUAAAACUGUCUAUUAUUAAUAGAUCAAUCAUUUAGAUUAUUAA